UCUCUCAUUUCCAUUUCGCUUCAAAAUCCUUCUCUUACAGAAAAAAGAAACACAAACAAAUAAAUUAAGAAAUCUUAGAAGAAAAAAAAGCUGAGGAUUUUCAGCCAUGGAUGAAACAUACGAUGUGAUAGUCCUAGGUACCGGCCUUAAGGAAUGCAUUCUCAGUGGUCUUCUCUCCGUUGAUGGACUCAAAGUUUUGCAUAUGGACAGAAAUGAUUAUUACGGUGGAGAGUCUACUUCUCUUAAUCUUGUGCAGCUUUGGAAACAUUUCAAGGGAAAUGACAAACCUCCAGAACAGCUUGGCACAAGCAGGGAAUAUAAUGUUGAUAUGAUUCCCAAGUUCAUGAUGGCCAAUGGCAGUCUGGUUCGUAUUCUCAUCCACACAGGUGUUACCAAGUAUCUUAACUUCAAGGCCGUGGAUGGGAGUUAUGUGUAUAAAAAGAAAAAAAUCUAUAAGGUUCCAGCAACUGAUGUUGAGGCACUGAAAUCACCAUUGAUGGGGCUGUUUGAGAAGCGCCGUGCCAGGAAGUUCUUCAUUUAUGUCCAAGACUACGACGAAAACGACCCAAAAUCUCAUGAAAAACUUGAUCUCAACAAAGUAACAGCGAAAGAACUUAUCUCAAAGUAUGGACUUGAAGAUGAUACAAUUGACUUUAUUGGUCAUGCCUUGGCACUCCACAAUGAAGAUAGUUACUUGGCUCAGCCAGCUUUGAACUUUGUUAAGAGAAUGAAGCUCUAUGCAGAGUCUUUGGCACGAUUUCAAGGAGGAUCUCCUUAUAUCUAUCCACUAUAUGGACUUGGAGAAUUGCCUCAGGCAUUUGCACGUUUAAGUGCUGUUUAUGGUGGUACUUACAUGCUCAACAAGCCAGAAUGUAAGGUAGAAUUUGAUGGUGAUGGGAAAGUCAUUGGAGUAACUUCUGAAGGCGAAACUGCUAAGUGCAACAAAGUUGUUUGCGAUCCAUCUUAUUUGUCUGAUAAGGUUAAGAAGGUUGGGAAAGUUGCUCGUGCUGUAUGUGUAAUGAGCCACCCUAUCCCUGAUACCAACGAUUCUCACUCAGCUCAGGUUAUUCUGCCUCAGAAGCAACUCGGUCGUAAAUCAGACAUGUACGUCUUUUGUUGCUCCUAUGCUCAUAAUGUAGCUCCCAAGGGAAAAUACAUCGCUUUUGUUUCAGCUGAAGCCGAGACUGACAACCCUGAGCAAGAGUUGAAGCCUGGGGUUGACCUACUGGGAUCUGUAGAUGAGAUAUUUUAUGACACUUAUGACAGAUAUGUGCCCACUAACGACCAUCAAGCUGACAACUGCUUCAUAUCUGCUAGCUACGAUUCGACAACACACUUCGAGACCACCGUCAUCGAUGUGAUGGAGAUGUACACCAAGAUUACUGGAAAGGUUCUUGAUUUAUCGGUGGACCUGAGUGCUGCUAGUGCUGCUGAAGAAUGAAGCAAUUCUUCAAACAUUUUUUAUCUAUCAAGUAAAGCCAUUAACAAAAAAAAAAAAAAAGCCUUCAGUUUGUCUCAUUUGUGUUUCACCAAAUCUUUUAGAUGAAAAACUCGAAGUAUAUUUGCAUGUAAUCUUCUUUUAUUAUUAUUGUUACUGCUUUUAAGUGAUUUAUCCCAAAUUCAUCAGUGGGUUGGUGAAACAUGUUUUGGACCAAUAUUAUGUAUAAGAGCACGAGUCACGAUAAUA